GGAGUUCUCCAUCUGUCCCAGCAUCAUCCUCAUUUUGGCCAAAGCUAGAGCAUCUCUGCCUGUCCUGAUGCAUUCACGAGCAUUCAUUCGAUCCCUUCAGAAUUCCGCAGUCUCUGUCACACUGCUAGCCCACAACGGGAUGAACCCUCUGUUGCUGCCGUGUUAGCUACCCUACGUGCCUUUCCUAAGGCUCAUCCGAAAUGUGAACGAUACCGUUCUAGAAAAGCCGCGUUCCGUUCGUUCGCUGAUCUGUUCAGCAUAGGUAUCUGAAUGGUACAACCUAGCUCGCUGAUAUCAAGGGAUCCUUUCAGCAUGAGCCGCGGAAUCAUGGGGUUCAUCGACGGCAUCCCCGGGAACCUUAACAACCUAGGCAAUAUCAGCAUGCCAUCGAUGGCGUCGGAUGUCGACCCUUUCAAGGUCGCUGCAGGCUUAGCCGUUGCCGUCGGAGUCGCCGCGAUCGGCGGCGUCGCUGCAGCGGUAACAGUCGGAGGCAUCAUCGUUCUCCGAGAGCAGGGUCAGUUUAUGCUGCCCUGGGAGAAUAAACUCCGGGCUAUCAGGCCAGCGCCGCUAACGGUGCAGCAAUGGAGGGAGUGCUUCGAUGACUCAACCGGCCGGCUGAAGGGUGGCGGCGAGACGGCUAUCGGUCGUGUCCGGCUUGGGGGAUGCGACGCAGAGAUCAGGGCCGAAGUCUGGCCAUUCCUUCUUGGCAUGUACGAGGCGGAGAGCACGGAGGCGGAGAGAGCGCAGCUGCGCGCGCAGAGGCGCGUGCUGUACGAGGAGAUACGCGCGAUUGCGGGGCGCGUGGCGGUGAUCGCGCGGCGGGCAGAGGAGGAGGCGACGAGGCGGAUGAGGGAGGAGGAGGAGAGAGAAGAGAGGGAGGAGAGGGAGAGGGAAGAGAGGGGGAGGAAGGAAAGAGAGGAGAGGGAGAGGGAGGAGGGGGGAGAGGAAGAACUGGCGAGGGCGGCAACGGGUGAUGUUGGCAAUGGUAGAGGGCAGGGAGAUGGGAAUGGUGAUGGCAUUGGUGACGGUGGUGCUGUUGGUGAUGGCGACGGUGAUGGUGAUGGUGAUGGUGAUGGUGGUGGUGGUGGUGGUGGUGGUGGUGCCGACGCCACUGAUGAUGGUAUCGGGGGCGGGAGCAGUGGUGGUGGUAACCGGAGCGACGAUGAGUUCAGUGAUGCGGUGUGCGUGGACUCAGUGUCCGCCAGUCUGUCCCUCUCCACCGAAUCCUUCGUGGAUGUCGCCCGUGAGCACGCUGCUGAUGCUCACGCUGACACUGACGCUGACGCUGACGCUGAUGUUGAUGCAGCCUCGCUUGCUGCUGCUGCUGCUUUGAGUGCUGCUGGUGCCGUCGCUUCAGGCGAAGCAGGGGAAGCAGCCGCAGAAUCAGAAGCAGGGGCGGGAGAAACGGCUGAUAGGUGUGAGGGCGAAGGAGCCACGGAAGGCAGCUGUAGGGGAGAGAGUGGCAAUGGGAGCGGCGGACGCAGCAGCGAUGGCGACGGCACAGCGGACGAUGGUGAUGAUGAUGAUGGGGCCUCACGCGACCACCUUCAAGAGCACCCGCUAGACUGCAAGGUCCCGGAGUGCUUCUGCCCACGCAGACCCUCCCAUACCAGCAUUAGCAACGGAGCAGCAGCAGGAGUGGGAGGGGGGCCACAAGCCGGCAGGGGCAGCAGCUGCGGGCGAGGCAGUGGGUCCCUGGAGAACUUCGUAACCUGGCAGCGGAUCAUGCGGUUGGAUGCGGUGCGGAUGAACGCAGCCUGGAUCCCAUACUCCACCCAGAAGGCCUUCCCGCCCGAAGAAGCCCUAGAGGCGGCAGCAGCAGCGGGGUUGCCUGAGCACGGACACCUGUCGCCACCCCAGCGGCUGCAUGCUGCCCGGCUGGUGGCGAUUUUGGAGGCGUAUGCGGUGUACGAUCCCGAGGUGGGGUACUGCCAGGGGAUGAGCGAUCUCUUAUCCCCGUUUGUAGCUCUCCUGGAGGAGGACUCGGAGGCCUUCUGGUGCUUCGUGGCGUUCAUGCAGCGAGGUGGGGUGGGCAGCAGCGACUGCAGCACUAGCGUUGCUGCUGGCAGCGACAGUAGCAGCGAGAGCACCAUGGUUGCUGGUAACAGUGCGGGCGGCGGAGCUCGGCACAACUUCAGAACGGACGAGAGAGGCAUUCGGCGCCAGCUGGCGCGGGUGGCAGCAUUACUGCGCACAGCUGACCCACCACUAUACGCGCAUCUAGAAGCAGUAGGAGCGGAGAGCUGCAUGUUUGCGUACCGGUGUGUGGUGGUGCUGAUGAGGAGAGAGCUGUCGUUUGAACACACCAUGUGCCUCUGGGAGGUCAUGUGGGCUGAAGCUGCCGCUGCUGCCGCUGCUGCAAAUGUGGCCCGUGCUGCUGCUGCCACUGCUGCUGGUGAUGCUUCUGCUGCUGCUGCUUCUGUUGGGGCUGCUGCUGUUUUCGAGGAUUGUGGGAAGAGUGUGGGUAGUGCUGAGAAAGAGGCAGAUGCCGAGGCAGGGGAGGAUUGCGAGUGGGAGAAGGUAGAAGCGGUUGAGGGAGAGGAGAAGAGCCAUGGGGAAGGCGAGCACGUGGGGGAGGAGGACAGGGAGAGGGAUGAUGAGACUGCCCCUCUGCUGGACAGCGGAUGGGGUGCUGCUUUUGGCUGGGCAGGCGUUGACAGGAGCCCCACAAGCACUGACGCCACUGCCGCCAUUAGCACCAGCACCAACAGCAACACCAACUCCAGGACCAAGACUACCAACAGCGGCAAUAGUAACAGCGACAGUGUUGGUAACAAAGUUACUGGCGGAGUCAGCAGCAGCAGGAGGAAGAAGGCGUGGCAGGAGUGCCGGGCGCGGCCGGACUUCCUGCUCUUUGUGGUGGCGGCCAUCCUGGUGAGCUGCAGGGAGCAGGUGCUGCAGUGCCAGGGGCUGGACGAGGUGCUGCUGCUGUGCAACAGCCUGUCGGGGCAGCUGGACGUGUGGGACCUCAUGGAUUGUGCAAGACAGCUAUCCUCCCGUCUUCCCUAAAGCAGGGUUGGGUUCUCCUGCUUCUGGUGAGCCGCAGGGAUCACGUGCUGUGCUGCCCGGGCCUGGACGAGGUGCUCCAGCCUCUCCGGCCAAGUAGAAGUGAGGGAGCUCAUGCACUGCGCCCGGCAGCUGGCUGCUCGCCUGCCAUGCGAGGGGGUGAGUUCGUCUGCUGCUGGUGAGCCGCAGGGAGCAGAUGCUGCAGUGAGGGGGUGCCCAGAGCAUGUGCUGCAGUGCCAGGGGCUGGUUGACGCGCUGCUGCUAUGCCAGAGCCUGUCGACAGGCACCUUGUCCAGGCACCUUGUCCAGGCACCUUGUCCAGGCACCUUGUCCAGGCACCUUGAUGUGUGGGACGGUACCUCAUGGAUUGCGCCCGCCACCUAUGUAGCUUCCUGUCUGCCCUGAUGUGCUGGCUGUGCCCUGUCUGCCCGCCAGUUGCUGUGAUGCCCAUUACCGUUUGCCUGCCAUGCUGCAGAGCAGCAUCAAGCCCUCGUCACCAUCCUUCCCCUCCAUCCUCCUCUCUAUCAGAGACAGGGGCCUUCCUCCAUGCUCAUCCACUGUUUCCUGGGCAACCUUUUUUCUUGGAAGCCUCUAAUCUGGGCUUCCCGUUGCUGUGUGCGCUUCCUGUGCUGGGAGGUGCCGCAACCCUUUCUGGCUGUACAUAUGGUAGAAAUACGGCUUGGGCUUUUGUCCCAUUUUGUUCUCUUGUCGUUUGAGCAUGCUAUACUGCAAUCUGC